UCCUGGACCUGUUGCCCGUCGUGUCUCUCACCAUUACCCAGGACUCGUUUUUGGCCAUGGCGUCCGCCAGCAUAGACUUCAUGGCAGUCAUCGCUGACGACGUGCAGAAGCAUACCGAUGGGCUGUCGCGGCUCGCGUUGUCCGCACCCGAGGCCACUCUGUGGUCGUUUCGGCCGCGUGAGAUCAUGUGCCUCUGCCCUGAAAAAGCCUCCGGGCGUGCUUCGCAGCCUCCUGCCGCUGUCCUGGAGUUGCGGGCGCUCAGGGUGCGCUACCAAUGUGUGCACGACACCACCCACGCUGCAAACACACUCUAUGGGUUUUUCAACCUGGCCUUCAUCGCCUUGACAAUUUACGAAGGAGCGGUGUGUUUGUACGCCGGGGUAGUGGCCCUCUUCAGCCCGGAGGAAAUGGGAGAUAUGGAAGCGUUCUUUACUUUGUUGUGGGGCACAAUACUCACAUCUAAGCUUAUAUUCAUCUGCAUCAUCGGAGAUCAAAUGCGCGUGGAGGUGAGUUCGGUUAGAUGAUUCCUGUUCGUUGAUUCCCAGUCUAAAAGUGAAUCAUGGAUGGCUGAAGCGUUCAGUUUUGUUGUGACUCUGACAUGGCUGCGGCCCAUUAGCGGGUGAGGCGAGGCUGCUCUCGGUUUCGCCCUAGGGGAGCCCUAUCCCCGACCACAAACCGAGAGUAUGAGGGAUUAGUCGCUCAGAUAAAGUAUAUGCUGUUCCUGGUCACUUUAUGACUUACAUGUGUCCCCUCAAGUGAGAGUGGAUUACUGCAGGUUUAGGUUGGAUCGUUUGAGGUUUACUGUCACAGAGAAACUUUCUUGUAGGAUUCUAGGAUUUUGGCCACAUUGCAGACUGAAAUGGCCCGUUUUCCAGACA